AUGGCGUUCAAAUGUAGUUCGCCGUAUUUGCCGGUGAAACAGAUCUAUUCCUUGAUUGUUUUUGUGCUCGUCUUGGUUCUCACCUCAUUACCGUUGGUUCUACAAUGGUUGGGACAGAAUAGCGUUGAAACUGAGGGAAAUACAGACAAUUUUGGUGGUGAUGUAGCUGAUGGUAAAGUAAGGUCGUGGAGUCCAAAACAGCACAUUUUUAUCUCGUCAGCUUUUGAUAUUGGAGGGGUAGAGAGGUGAGGAAGCUACGCGCAUCAAUUUUGUUUUGUUUUAGCGCCAAUAAAACUUACAAUAUUCGAUUAAUUGUUCUUACCCACAACCGAGAUGGUCCCUACUUGCGUAAGGCGCCACCAGUGCUAUGUAAGAGCGAUGCCGAUGAAAUUGUGGCAGCUGAAUGGUCUCCCCUCGGAGCUCCUAUGCCAUGUAAAUGGAAGGAUUACUUUAUGGAUUGCAAUUUUUCUCAGCCUGUCAAAAAUUUGAUGAUUUUAGGGGGAAAUCGGCAAAUUGAGGUGGGUAAAAUGAGUUUUACAUACGAAAAAAUACCUUUAAAAUUCAAUAGAUGGUGUUUAGAUCCCAAUUACACCGGUGGUCACUCAAAAAAUCCCAUUGGUUGUGUGUUAUGGCCGUGCUUUUUUCUUCGAACAAUGGCAAAUCGCCUUGGCCUCCAUUGAAACCUAUCUUUUUUACGGCGCCGAUUUAAUGGUUAUUCCUAUUGUAAGCGUCAUUAAGGAUCUACAUACGAUUUUGGAGUUCUAUGAGAGACAAGGAAAAGUGAAAUUGAAGAAUGGAGUCAUCAUGCCGGUUAUUGUAGGUUGAGUUUUAGCUACAGUAACCCAAAUUUGGCUCUUUUUUCGCAAAGGAAGUACUCCAAGUGCGACGCUCGGAUUUUGAUGAAACUUGGAACAAAUUUAGAAUCACUAUUGUUAAAAUAUAUAAAAUAUGGAAAACCGUCCAAAUUUACCUCUUUUUCAGCCAGAACUCGCUCCAUAUCAAGACCCAAACGCCCACACAGACUCUCUGAACAUAAUGACAAGCAACACCGAGUGUUUGUACGAAUACCGUCAAGCCGCUGAGUUUAUGCUCUUCGCCGACUUUGAUGACAUUUUCAUUCCGCGAAAGUUCAAUACAAUAUAUGAGGAAGUCUUGGCAUUGUCCAAUAGAUUUCCAACGGCCCCCUCAUUCCGAUUUCCAUGGGCGAAAGCCAAGUUUGUCAUGGGUAAGGGAAAAGUUUUUGAAGUGAUCGAAAUGCAACGCUGAUUUUGAUAAAACUUGGCACAAAUUUAGAAUAAUUUUCUCUAAGACAUAUGUGACAUUUCUAGCUGGCGCUUUGAAAAAAGACCGAGAUUUUUAGAUCGAAAGUGGAAAAAAUGCGACAAAAUUUUUUCGAAUUUUGGCAUGAAAACUUUUGCAGCAAUUUCUACCAUAGAGUGUAAUGUUUCCACAAAAAAUAAAUUUUUUCCGCGCAAAACUGGCAAAGAUAUGGCCAAAAAGUGUUUUUCCUCCGACCGAUCUCCGAGUUUUGCGUGCUCUCUCGGCAACGAGGAUUGUUGAAUAUCUGCAAAGCGCGAGCUAAACUUUCAGAAAUUGCUGUGUAACCUAUAACCCCAACAUGUGUGCAAAAUUUAAAGAAAUUUUGAGCGUCGCACAAAAUGCGGAGAGCGGUCAGAGAGAAAAACAUUUUUGGCCCUAAAUCUGCCAGUCUUGUGCGGAAAAAAUUGAUUUUUUGUGGAAACAUAACGCUCUACAUUAAAAAUAUGUGCGCAACUUUUCAUGCCAAAAUUUGCAAAAUAAUGCAACAUUUUGCUCAACUUUUGGUCUAAAAAUCUCGGUCGUUUCAACAAAAAAAAAGAUUUCGAGCAAAGAGUCCGGCACAUAUCCGAGAGAAACUUACUUUAACCUUUACCAAGUUACAUCAAAAUCUAGGUGUCCAGCUUUUCAAAAAUCAUCAUUUUUCAGAAGAAACUCCAUUCAAGUUUAACAUCACCGAGAUGUUUUCUAUUUUUCAUAUCGACUCGACCUCCGACAAAGGGAAGAGUAUCUUCAGGCCGCUGAAAAUUCGCCGCGGUCUGGUUCAUGGGCCGCAUUUUGAAGGCGAUUACCUUUCGAAUGUCACGGAAGUUCGCCUCGGCUACGGCGAAAUGUUCAACAUUCAUUUGAGGGAUGCGACAAAGGAAAGAGAUUGGUUCAAAUUCAAGGGAAACAACCUGUACAAAGGCCCGAGCGAUUUUCGAAAGAUCCAGAAGGUGUUUAGAGAGAGAAUACAAAGUGAUGAGACGGCCGAGAAGGUGAGAUUUGAGAAAAUUGGGGAGAUGACGUCAUAAGGCCAAAUUAUCAGUUUGUCGGGAAAAUAAUGAACACUCUGUCGCAGCGAAAAUCGCACGAGAAAAUGAAUUGUGUCGCGGAGAAAAUCAAAUUGAUUUUCACUUCAGCGAUUGUCGCAGCGACAUUGUGCUCAUUAUUUUCCCGACAGAUCGGAUUUUCUUCAAAUUUUGCACACCCGACGGGCAUAGGUGAUUUAUCAAUUACUGAAAAUUUUAGGCCGUGCUUUGCAGGGAUAGCCGAGAUAAUCAACGAUCUUUACAGCCGAGAGAGUACGCGAAACGUGGAGAGCGGUCAGACAGAAAAAAGCCUUUUUGGCCAUAUCUUUGUCAGUUUCGCGCGGAAAAAAUUGAUUUUUUGUGGAAACAUUACUCUCUACUGGAGAAAUAACCAUGCGCCUUGUCACGGCAAAAUUUUCAGAAAAAGUGUCGCAUUUUCGCCAACUUUUGACCUAAAAAUUUCGGUCCUUUUUUGUAAAGCGUGAGCUAGAAAUGUCGGGUGUGUCUUAGAAAAAAUUAUUCUAAAUUUGUGCCAAGUUUUGUCAAAAUCUGAGCGGCACUUCAAAAAAAAUUUUCAAAGAAAAAUUAACAUAAAAAAUUGGUCGAAAAAAGUAAGGGGGGACCAAGAUAAUAAAAAAAUUUUUUAUUUUUUACAUAAUCACUUCCCCUCCCCCAGAUUUUUGGUCAGCUACGCCCCUGGCAAGCCUCGAAAAUGCCGUUUUCACUGUGCAAGUGCUGAUUUUUCUUCACUGUGCGCAGCGACAAAAAGUCCACUUAUGAAAUAAGUAUCUCCUCUCUUGAUAUCGUAUCUUUAGACAAAUUCAAGCGUCAUAUUGUAUCUUUUUUUUGCAGGCAUUCAACUCGCUUCCCCUCGGCAAACCCUUCUUCGAAGCGGCCGUGAAAUGCGCUGAAGAUACGUAUCGUCAGAAGCGAACAAAGGACAUGUGUAUGAGUCCGCUGGAUUGCAAAUAUAACAUCGAAAACCCGAUUCCUUGUAUGGUAAUGAAGCCAAAAUUCAGAAGAUUCGAUAAUGGCAAGGGGAUCAUUUUGCACAGUGCAGUGUCCAAAGAACUUGUUGAAAAGGAAGAUUGCAGUCUAAUUUAUUAA